AUGGCUUCCAGUGGGGUUGACAUGAACACUGCCGGCUCGGCAAAUGAAGCUCCUGAAAUUCCGGACGACGUGGGAUAUUGGCUUCAGGGUGUCUAUCACUUCGCCACUGAUAGGAAUGAUUUCUGGAAGAACUUGAUCCUCAGUUUGGGACUUUUCGCUGAGGGAGUUUGGCUGGCCAGGAAUUUGAGUGACAUUAAACUAAUGGCCCCUCAGCCUGGUGUGUAG